AUGAAAAAUCCUACUGAUUUCAUUACACACUACGGCAGUGUGUACUUUGAUGAUGAUGUAGACACAUCUUUCUUCUCUCUGCCUCAGUUCAGAGGUUGUGAAGAGGUCCUUCAAGCUGGUCAUAAUGUGAGUAGUAUCUACACGAUAUUCCCAGCUGGAUUCAAUGAUGGGCUGCAGGUCUACUGUGAGAUGGGGACUGAUGGUGGAGGAUGGAUCGUCAUUCAGAGGCAUCAAGAUGGCAGCGUUGACUUCUACCGCAACUCGACUGACUACCAGCUUGGCUUUGGCAGCUUGUCUGGUGAGUUCUGGCUUGGGAAUGACAACCUACGCAGCCUGACUGAGACUGAAGCACUGCAGGAGACUCGCUCACAUACCACAAUGGAAUGA